AUGUCGAUUAUGAGCCACAUUGUCAAAGGGUCUGCAUCAGACUAUAACCCUGCUUCAUGGCACAGUGUGCCUUUUGAGAUCAAAGAAUCUAUUAUGAGCCAUGUUUUCAGAGGGAGAGGGCCGUUUGCUGCUCUUGCUACCGUAUCGCAAGAGUGGCGAGACCUGGUAGAGCCGUACAUCUUUUCACGAAUUACACUCACAAGAUGCCGUCUCUUGGAUUUUGAGCGGAUGACUGGUCGAAACCGCGGUUACGUACGACAUUUGUGGCUCUCUCUUGAGCUGCAACCAUAUGCCUGUCUCCAGUGCGUUGACAGCGACGACGAGUUUGAAGAAGACUUUGAAGCGGACGAAUUUGCGAGUAGCCCAAAGGACACCAAAGCUAUCCAGAAAGCAUUCGAGGUGCUCUUUAAAGUCUUGAGCUCAUGGCCACCGACAGGCAAGCUGGUGCUAGACAUUAGCGCAUACUCUGAGACUGAUAGGCAGCACGGCUUCAAAUACCUCACAUUUGAACCAGACUGGAAGGGCAACGACCCAGCCUGGCACUGUCGGGGAAGACGUCUCAUUCAAGGUGCAUCUCCGCACGAUCGCCCAACACCUUGUGAGACUUGGAUCCCAUCCUUUCACGAACUGCAUAAAGUCUUCAGUGACAUUCAUCAGAGGUGGCCAUCGGAAGAAUGGCGAUGGCGAGCUCGACUUCGUAAUGCCCCAGCCGUUACGACGAUAAUGAUACGACAACAGAAUCGCCGCCGGUGGAACCCAGAAAUCCUACAACAGUUGAUCCUCAAUUGUCCAAGGCUCGAAGAAUUUUAUUACGAACCCUGGCGGGAAUGGAAUAAUGCCGUUCAAGAAGACUCUACAGAUGCAGCACAAAAUGUUCUCUUCCGGUCGCUCCCAUCUCUACUUCCAUCUCUACGAAAGCUAGUUGUCUUUGAGAACUUUAGUGAGAUAUACGCGCUCACGCGAUUUUGUGACCUUGACAGAAGCGUGCAUCCACAGAGAAGGGACCCUCUUGCAAAAGCCAGCCUGUCGCUCGAGGAAUUCUCUGCAUCAUUCCUCAGAGAUGCCCGGUACUUUUUUGCAAACCUGGACGAAUCGUGGAGUUGGCCCCAUCUUACGCGCUUCGCCAUGACAUCAAAGUGGCUUGAUGAAGAAGAGGAUCCCAAGCAAAUUGAAGAGUUGCUCAUCAGCGCUGCCACUGCCGCGAAGCGCAUGCCCAGCCUGAGAGUCAUGGAGAUUUGGAACGGAGGUGUGUAUAAUGCCAUGGUCUUUCGCUACGAAUUGUCGCCGGACUACCGCAGUGUGACGGUCCUGUGCCGAGGGACAUGGCUGCUCCAGAUUUCCCCUGACGUCCAACACAUGUGGAAUACAGUCGCGAGGCAACAGCGCUGGAUGCCAGAGGUCACUUUCCGUCAAGAAGUGAUUGAUCCUGAUACGAUUACUUCACACGCGCACGCCAUUUCCAGGUUGAAACUUGACAACCAAGUCAUGCGGCCCAUAUCUCUGCAGCAAGUUCAUGUAGAGACUCUGCAAAGAUGCAAACUUUUGAAUAGAGACCUUUGGCAGCGCUUUGCUGCGAGAUUAGGCCCUUUUCUAGCUGCCAGACGCGCCAGCGCCAAUUCUUUGCCCGCUACCAGCACCGAAUCGCCCGUCGCCGGCUCAGGAACCGCUGCCCCUCUGAGCCCACGUCCUUCAAAGCGCCCGCGCCGUCAUUCCUACUAA